GCUAUUAUCGGUGCGGACUCCCGAGACAUCGUCAAGGACAACUGCAUAACCGGUACGCAUAGUGUCCAAAAGAUCACAGCAGGUCCAGCAUGUCUCAGGCCCAAUAAUGGAUUUUUUCACGCGCCUCAUCGGCGGCGUGUCGACUCCGAAGAAACAGGCGGCAUCUAACAACCCCCAACAGCGUCUCGCACGCUUCAAAAAGGUGUACAAUCAAGUUCUGCAAACCUGGCAUAAGUCAUCCGCCCUGCACUCCGCUCCCAUCGCCGCAGAAAACAUCCGUAUCUCCUUCCAACGCUUAACGCAUAUACUCAACGACGAAAGCCGAUCGCCGUCUCCUCACCUAUGUCUGUCUUUCGCUGCAUCCUCGCAGAUCUACACUGCUGUCGCACGUAUUGCAGCGACCGCGCAAAACGAAGGCAUAGUCAGAGAAGCUGUCGCUCUGUUCGCUGCCCUCAUUGACAGCGAAGAGGAGGACUUCCUAGAGAAUGAGAACUUCUCACGCUCUCUCAUGAACUUUAUCGGCAGAACUUCUACAUCUGGAACAGUCAUUAUUGGUGAGGAUGUUGAAUCAGAGAUUGUGGAACUGCUGUUUGGUAUCGCAGCCAAGAUUCGUCUCCAACCGGAAAUUCUCCCAGUGUGGUUCACGUCCAAGGAGAAGGGAGAUGAAGUGGCCAAGCUGGAUCAAAAAGAGAUUGACUUCGCCGGUGUGACACAGAAGGAUGACUUUCCACUCUGUUACCAAUUGAUUGAUCAUGUCCACCACGAAGGCCGAAUAGGAGAUUUUGCAAGGACCGGCUUACUUUACAUCUUUGAGUCUGCUUCAAAGUCUCGCGAGCUCGAAAAAUGGAUUGUCGAGAGUGAUCUGUCGACUCUAAUGGCUAGUAGCCUUGGAGCUUUAUACAGUCAGCUUAGCAGAAAAUUGUCAAUACUACAUCCAAAAACAAAUCUACCCAUCAUUCUCUCUUUGUCAGACUACAUUGAUCUUCAGUCGUCAUCUGAAGCUGAGAGUGUAUGGUCGUCAGACUUCAAGCUCCACAUGGACACAUUUCUGUCGUUCUUGGCCUUCUGGCAAGACGUACUGGAACACUGUAGAUCGAUCGACGUUCGACAGACUCUGAUCGAUCACUUCCAAAUUCUAUUUCUACAACAACUCCUGUACCCCUCUCUACUGGAAUCUUCUGACGUAGACGGGGGUUCUUCAGUCGCAGUGUUGACCUAUCUUGGACGUAUAUUACACGCUCUCGACCAUCCAGAGCUCAUUCAUAUGAUUCUCCACUACCUCCUUGCUCUCUCAGAUCCUUUCGACACGAAAAUAAGGUCUCCAAGAUCACCUUUGGCAGCAAAACGACGGAUGUCACUUAUGGCCAUGAGCCAGCCAGCCCACGAGGAUGAUCAAAUGAACCCAUCUUUAUUUAACCUUGUAGACUUGAUACUGACCAGUACGCAAUCUUCAAAUCCACAGACUGUAGUCGCAGCCUUGAGACUCGUGACGGUCAUACUAAGCAAGAAUCACCACUACGCGGUUGGCACGCUAGUAAAAACCAUCGAUAUACAGUUGAAAGAGCCGCAGAGAACUAUAGGGGCUUUAAACGCUGAAAUGGAAAUGUAUCUAUCGGUAGCCAUUGCGUGUGGCGGUGAAAGUGGUGUUGAUGAAGCGUAUGCGACACAUUUGAAAGACAUGCAAACUAUGCUAGAGUCGCAUCCUUGCUCGCUGCGACAGAUUUCUCUCGACAACGCGACCCCGAUCACGGAGCAUUUCUCCGUCACAGUGCCCCCGCAGGUCGGACUACACUACCUCAUCCCCGACGACCCACUGCUCGUCUCUUUGCUCCGAGUUGUUGACAAGUUCCUGCUGAACGACGUUGAAACAAAUCUGGCCCUGGUAGAGGCCAUUACGAGUCUCGGCUCAUGUGCUCAAUUGAGACUCGAGAACUGGCUUGCAGUUGACCCUUCAAAGUAUGAGUUUGACGAAGAAGAGGAAGAGCAUGACAGGCCAGAAGACGUCAUAGACGAAGCUCUUCGAAACAUAUAUAUCGCUCGACAAACUCCCCAGUACAAGGCGAAAUUUACGCCACCCCUUCUUAAAUCACUCCAAGGUCUACAGGCUCAAAUUGACCAGCUUCGACUGCAUAUACCCGAUCUUGAUUACCACAUCGAGAACCGUAAGCAGACAUUUCACGUCGACGAGGAGAUCAUGGACGCCAUGGCCGGACAACCAACGCCGUCCAUGUCUCACGCCUCGUCCAGUCGUCCCUCUGCCGAGCUCCAACCUGGGCCAUGGAAUGCUCAGAUUCCAAAGCACGUCCGCGAUGCACCCGCCACGCCAUCCCGGUCACAUUCGCCGCGCGGCAGAAAGGAAAAUCUUGCGACGCCACAGCGCUUACCAUCUGCAACUGCAUCACCUGCGCCUUCACGUCUCGGUGGUCGCACACUUGUGAGCAGUCCUACACCUGGCAGCGGAGAUCGCUCACGCGCGAUAAGCCCUGCUCCUACUGCCAAGGCACGGCAGCCGGGCGAAUCCACCAUGAUGAGUGGGCUGAUGACUGACGUCAGUGAGAAUGUGGCUGGGGUAUUGGAUGGGAGACGAGAAGUGCGGUUCAAAAUCACUAGAAAGAGGAUUUCCGUUGAAGUGGUGCGGAGUCCCAAUGACCAGACACGAGUGAAGGUCGGACCUACUGGCUCCCCUACUACAUUACAGUACACUUCGAUUCAAGGGCCCCAAUCUAGUACCGACGGCCAAGACAAAAGGUCUACAAGCCCGGAGGAUGCCGGGACUCCAAGCGAGACUAUCGAGAAUCUCGAGACUCAGGAAAAAGGGGCAAAACAUACACUAGAGUCGCCAUCAGAGGCCGGUAAUGACGACGAUGACGAUGACGAUGACGAUGAAGAGCAGGAGAUCAUAAAAGAAGCCAGCCUGAACCAUAUACUCACAAACAUUGUCAUCCUGCAAGAGUUCAUCCUCGAGCUCGUUGCCCUCCUGCAAAUUCGAGCCAGCCUCUUCCAAGAAGUCCGGUUCGCCUGAAAUCAAUCUUCUCUGUCUGGUUUUUUAGCUCGACGUUUUUUGUCUUUGUUUUGCAUUUUUCUGUAAGGAAAAAGUCCCGCAGCAUCAAUAUACCCUUUUUCUUUCUUUCGAUUGAUCGAUAUCAAGGGCGUAUUUUCAGAGUAGUUUCCUCACUUCUUGGGAGAGUGUGCUGUAGUAGUGUCCGCAAGGGAAUGCCAAAAUACCUGCGUUAGAUGAUUAUGCUUGGAAUGACGUGCUUGCGCAUGAACUCUCGGGUCUUCGAAAG